AUGGCCGAGUCGCAGCUCGGCUGCCUGGACGAGGCGCACGUGAACGAGCGGCUGACCGAGGCGCAGGCCGCCUUCCACUACUGCGAGCGGCGGCGGGCCGCGCUGGAGGCGCUGCUGGGCGGCGGCGAGCGGGCCUACCGCGAGCGGGUCCAGCGGGAGCGGCUGCGGGACUUCCUGUCGGGCCCCGAGCGCCAGGCCCUCCGCGCCGCCUGGAGCCCCUACGAGGACGCCGCGCCGCCCGCCAAGGCCAAGGCCAAGGGCAAGGCGGCGCCCGGCGCCCGGCCCGCCGCCGAGUCCCUGGCCUACUGGCCCGACCGCUCCGACACCGAGGUGCCCCCGCUGGACCUGGGCUGGACCGACGCGGGCUUCUACCGGGGCGUGAGCCGCGUCACGCUCUUCACGCACCCCCCCAAGGAGGAGAAGGCGCCCCACCUCAAGCAGGUGGCCAGGCAGAUGAUCCAGCAGGCCCAGAAGGUGGUUGCCGUGGUCAUGGACCUCUUCACCGACGGCGACAUCUUCCAGGACAUCGUGGACGCUGCCUACAAGCGCCGGGUCCCCGUCUACAUCAUCCUGGAUGAGGCGGGCGUGCCGUGCUUCCUGGAGAUGUGCCAGAGCCUGGAGCUCACUGACUUCCGGAUCCGGAACAUCCGCGUCCGCUCGGUGACGGGCGUGGGCUUCUACAUGCCCAUGGGGAAGAUCAAGGGCGCCCUGUCGUCCAGGUUUCUGAUGGUGGACGGAGAGAAAGUGGCCACGGGCUCUUACAGGUUCACCUGGAGCUCAUCCUACGUGGACAGGAACCUCCUGCUUGUGCUGACCGGCCAGAACGUGGAGCCCUUCGACGUGGAGUUCCGGGAGCUCUACGCCAUCUCCGAGGAGGUGGACUUGUUCCAGCAGCUGGGCCUGGGCCGCCCGGGCCUCAGCUACUCGUCCACCGUGGCCCGAAAGCUCAUCAACCCCAAGUACGCGCUGGUGGCCGGCAGCCGGCCACCCCCCGGGGAGCUGAUGCGCUGGGCCCAGCAGCAGCGCGCGGCCGAGGAGGCCCCGGGGCCCGGGGAGGGCGCCGGCGGCGGGGAGUCGGCCCAGCGCCUGGAGAACUUCCUCCACGACCUCAUGACGCUGGAGCAGGUGCUGCCGCCCGUGGAGCCGCUGCCCAGCACCGUGCGGGCCCCCGCGAAGGACGGCCGGGUGGUCUCGCAGCUGCACGUGGACCUGAAGCCCAAGCCCCGGGGGGCGCUGCUGGCCCCCAACGGCAAGGGCGAGGCGGCAGCCAACGGCGAGGCUGCGCUGGCCCAGGGGGGCAGGCGCAUCAGCCGGCUCUUCAGCCGUCGCGCCAAGAGGCCCGCCACCGCCAACGGCAGCGCCGGCUCUGUCUCCACCGAGCAGCUCGCCUCGGGGAGGAGGCCCACCGAGGGCUCCAGCGCCGACGUCUCAGGUAGGACAAGUCCCAGCCCCGCCAAGACCAGCAACUGCGUCAUCUCCUGAGCGCAGCAGCGGCCAGCCCCGAGCUCCCGGGCCCAGUGGCGCCAGUUUGCACAGCGGACCCCGUCGCCUCACAAUGCGGGUGUCGUGCCCGUGAGACUGGGUGCCGGCGGCCGAGGCGGGGGGGGGGGGUCCUCCUUGUUUACAUGAAGCCCGGAAGCUCCAUCCCUGCCAUGCGGGGCCAGCCGCACCCCUCACGCCCCGGGAGGGGUGAGGCCUGUGUUCAUACCUGAUUACGGGGGUCUCCAGGGCAGCCCCGCCGGCCCCCCCGACAGCCUCCUGGGCUUCUCCGUGCCUCUGGUGCCCC